UGAACCAAGCUACACGCACCUUGAUCUAGCAACGAAGGCACUGUUCUAAUUUCUACUGGUUUAGAAGAAGCGUAGGAGGUCUCGAGCGUGCCUAGUCCACUGAGAUGCCACCAAAAGCAACGGCAGCGCCGUUCGCCACUGCCGGUUGGCCGGCAGCGGCAGCCACGCGGCGGCCGUCACGGCGCCACAAGCUGUGGUGCUCGUCGGCGGCAGAGUCACCGGAUCGUCUGCAGCCGCGGCGCCGGUCGGCGAACUACCGGCCCAGCUCCUGGGAUUACGACACCCUUCUCUCACUCAAGGGCGGCAGUGGCGGUCGUGAUCGGGUGUGCCAAUGCAGCCAUGAUCAAUUCAAGAGGAGCGUAAAGAAUAUGUUGCUCGGUAAAUCAGAAGAAUCAUCUUGUAAAGUAAAUCUCAUCGGUACAAUACAGCGACUAGGCAUCUCCUACCACUUCGAGGAAGAGAUCCGUAGCAUCCUCAGCUCCAUCUCUACGGAGACAGCCAAUGACCGGCACGUGGAUGGUGUUGCAUCCAUGGCCUUAAAAUUUAGGCUGCUAAGAGAGAAUGGAUUUUCGGCUGACCCAGGACUGUUGAAGCACAAUAUAUAUGCAAAGAACUGCAGCAAAGCGACACUACAGAGGGAUGUCAAUAGAUUUCUGUCGCUAUAUGAAGCUUCAUAUCUUGCUUUCAGAGGUGAAGAAACGCUAGACGUAGCAAGAAAAUUGUCCACUAAAGCUCUUAGAGAUCUUAUGCCAUCCAUGCCUCCCCACACAAGGAAACGCGUGGCCCAUGCGUUAGACCUUCCAUUGCACUGGAGGGCUCCAAGGCUAGAAACAAGAUGGUUUAUUGAUCACUGUGCAGGCGGCUUGCACCCAUUGCUUCUCCAAUUUGCAAAGGUAGAUUUCAACAAUGUUCAACGUGUGCAUCAGGAAGAGCUUGCUCGAUUAGCAGGGUGGUGGAGGGACAUUGGGCUUUGUGAUAGAUUGACGUUUUCCAGGGAUCGUUUGAUGGAGUGCUUCCACUACGCAAACGGGAUUGUUUGGGAACCCAAACAUGGAGCAUGCCGUGAGAUGCUCGCUAGAGUUGCUAAUCUAAUCAUUCACUUGGACGACGUUUACGAUGUAUAUGGAACGCUAGAUGAACUCAUACUUUUCACCGAUGCCAUUGGACGAUGGGAUGAAAGUCCAUGUGAAAGGCUUCCUGCAUACAUGAAAGCACUCUAUUCCGUUAUGUACAAUACAUCAAAUGAAGUUGCUGACAACGUUUUGAAGGCACAUGGUUGCAGCAUGCAUUCUGUUCUGGGGAAAGCGUGGCACGACAUCUCUGUAUCAUUCUUGGUGGAGGCAAAAUGGCACCAUGGAAGCUGCAGACCCACCCUCCGAGAGUACCUGGACAAUGGGCGGGUGUCGUGUUCUGCACCAUUGCUGUUGCUCCAUGCUUUUCCUAUGCUCAGUUCAGAGGUCAACGCAAAGACCUUUUCUCUGAUUCAGAGCUACCCAAGAUUGGUGCAGUCUGCUUCAUUAGUUCUGCGUCUCUGCAAUGACUCCGCAACUCACACGGCAGAGCUGCAGAGAGGAGAUGCUCCAUCAUCCAUAGCCAUCCAUAUGUCUGAGAGCGGUGGUACUGAGCAAGAUUCUCGCAAGGCCAUGGAAGACCUGAUUAUGGAGGCGUGGAAAGCAAUUAAUCAGGAGGCAUUCGGCAGCAGCUGCAAGUUCAGUAGGCCCUUCGCCAAAGCUUGCGUGAACUUGGCUCGCAUCUCACAAUGCGUUUACCACAAGGGAGACGGUUUCGGUGAACCCAAUGAUGUAAAAAGGAAACAAAUUAACGACUUGUUCUUGGAGCCUGCUGUAUGUUGAGAGGAACUACUAGCGGGGUACGCGAAGUGAGCGUAGCUUAACCGGUUUAAGGUUUUUUUUUUUUGGAUCUGUCCACCUAAGUUAACUUCGUCAAUCUCGAGAAUCAACUGGCAUGUGUAUUCAUAAGAGCAACGGGUGCUCAGUCUUUCGGUUGCGUGUAUUUAUAGAAACAAGUAUGCGUACGUGUUUACGAGCGUCUGCGUCUGUACUGUAUUUUAAAAAAUUAUUGACCAAGUACACCUACCUCUUA